GCAGAGCCGCGGCGGCCAACUUUACCGGAUCACUUUUGCCGACUCUUUUGCGCGUUUCUGUUAACGUUUUCGGCGUGCACCUUCUCCGUAUGGUGUUGUGUUUUACGUGUUAAUGUAAAGCCGCCGGUGGCGCAGGAAACUACGGGAGCAGGUGGAUGAGUUGUCCGAGGGGACUUCAGGAGCCAUAGCUAGGCCGAGGUCACUAACCACACCAUUCUGAGGCAGUGGAUAUUGAUAUAUAUAUAAAUAUAUAUAUAUCAAGAGGUAGCACAUGUCCUGAGUAGUGGCUGAGAUGACACGCCCCCGUCGGAUGUCCUCGACCAGCCUUCUUCUCUUCAGGAGGCUUUUAUUGGCGCUUAUGAUGAUACACACAGCUUUAGGGGGAGACAAGACAGAAAGGUGUGAUGGUCGAGACUGCAGCGUCUGCCAGUGUUUCCCCCCCAAAGGAGGGAGGGGAAAUCCCGGUGUGUUAGGUGAGCAGGGCCAAAUGGGGAUUCCAGGUUUACCUGGCCCCUAUGGAUUUCGAGGUGAAAAGGGUCAACGUGGACUCAUAGGAUUUCCUGGGCUCUCCGGCCCGAAAGGAGACAAAGGCUUUCAAGGAAAAACUGGCUAUACUGGAUUAGAUGGCGUGCCUGGUCAUCCAGGCCCUGGUGGUCUUCCUGGGCUUCCAGGGAAGGAUGGCUGUAAUGGAACCAGAGGGCAGGAUGGGUUGAUUGGUGAGAGUGGACUACCUGGCUUGCCAGGACCCAUGGGACUACCAGGGUUAAAAGGAGCCAAAGGAGACCCAUACACAUGGAUAAGGUUCCUCCCUGGAAUACCAGGAGUCGAUGGACCACGUGGAAUACAUGGACCAGAAGGGCUAAAGGGGCACAUAGGCCCACAAGGUCCACCAGGACAAAUCGGAACUGAUGGAACUAUGGGCUCUCAAGGAUUACCAGGUCCAAGAGGCCCUCCGGGAGACCCAGGAAGAUCACUGCCUGGACCAAAAGGAGAUGAGGGGGAACAGGGGGAACAGGGUGAACCAGGUCCUUUUGAAUAUGUGGAGCCCAACCCAGAAGACUAUAUAAAGGGCGAAAAGGGGAGAAAGGGACAGAAAGGACUUUGUGGAGCAAUCGGCCCAGAUGGUUUAGAAGGGCUUCCAGCAGAAAAAGGAGAGAAAGGCAUAAUCGGUUUACCUGGUCAAAGAGGCCCGCCUGGAUAUCCAGGAAGAAAUGGCCCUCCAGGGCUUAAGGGGGCACUAGGAGAUAAUGGUCUCCCUGGUCUAUAUGGCAACCCAGGGCCAAAGGGCUACCCAGGAGACCCCGGGCCUAAAGGAAACCCAAAUUACUUUUACAACAAUGUGAAUGGACCACCUGGAGAUGAUGGGCUUUCUGGUACUGCUGGACUUCCUGGGGAUAGAGGGCCGAUGGGUAUACCUGGACCACCUGGUGAUCUAGGACCAUCCAUAAGAGGUGCAGCGGGUGAAUUUGGUUUGCAGGGUCUUAAUGGAUUCAAAGGAGAAAAAGGUGACCCAGGACAAAUAUUUGGGUCAUACGUAAACUAUGGGGAACCUGGAAAACGUGGCCUGCCUGGACCCAAAGGACAAAAAGGAAUUGCUGGUGAUCCUGUUUGCGGUUACGUCUGCAUGCCUGGUGAGCGUGGAGAAGCUGGACAGCUUGGAAAUAGAGGGAAGCCUGGAUUAAAAGGUGUUCAGGGGGCAAAAGGUCCUGAUGGGGGAUGUGCAUGUGACCCCCUCGGUGAUCUACCUGGUGAUCCUGGCCCCCAAGGUCCUCCAGGUGUACCAGGUAAUCGAGGGCAAAAAGGCUUCCAUGGUCCUCCUGGAGAUAUCGGACCCAGAGGAGAGAUUGGUGGGAGAGGUGUAACCGGUCCCAGAGGCUUCGUAGGUGUCAGAGGGCUUAAGGGAGAGAAAGGAAAGGUUAUGAUAAUCUCCAAAAAGGGGGAGAAAGGUGACACUGGACCUGCUGGAUCAUCUGGAAAACCAGGGUAUGAUGGGAGGAAAGGGGCUGAUGGGAAGAUAGGCGACCCUGGAGAUCCUGGAUCUUUGGGUGAUAGUGUUGACGGUUUGCCGGGUGACAGGGGAUGUCCAGGAGCUGCUGGCAUAAAAGGCCUCAGAGGUCCAACUGGUCCUCCUGGCCCUUGUAUGAUGGGGUCAGUGGGGCGACGUGGGGAACCAGGGGAACCAGGACCUCAAGGCCAAACGGGAUACCCUGGACCUAAAGGCGUUCGAGGUGAUACCCUGGCCUGUGGACCUGGCAUACCUGGAGCAGCUGGUUCUAAAGGAAUGCCUGGUUGUAAAGGUGAGAUAGGAGAGCUUGGAAAUCCAGGAUGCAAUGGACAGUUUGGACCAGAUGGACCCAAGGGAGAGAGUGGAGACCCUGGCAAUAGUGGGUUAGCAGGAUGUGAAGGUCUAGUUGGAUCUGUAGGAGAUUCAGGUGACACUGGCCUAGAUGGCACCAGUAUUUGUGGCUCACCUGGUACACCUGGUAAUCGUGGACCCCAGGGUCUGAAAGGGUCUUCUGGAGAUUGUACUACAGGGGCCCCAGGACUGUUGGGGCCUAGUGGGAUUAAGGGAUGUCAGGGCCCUAAAGGUGUCCCUGGACCUCCUGGACCAAUUGGAUCGCAAGGUGCAUCUGGAAAACAUGGACUUCCUGGUAGAAAAGGGGAAAAAGGUAUGGAUGGUAUCCCGGGAGCACCUGGUGGCCAAGGUGGGGGACCAGAGCUGUGUGACAAAGGAAAACCUGGUCCACCUGGUAAACCAGGACCCACAGGCUUCCCUGGACGGAGAGGCUGCCCUGGAGAGAAAGGACCACCUGGGGGUGUGGGAGCUCUAGGCAUUGGAGUCAAGGGAGAACGUGGUAAGCCUGGUACCCCAGGCUAUCAGGGAUGUGCAGGCCUUCAAGGACCUUCAGGACUCAAAGGGGACAGUGGGAACUCUGGAGAACCUGGGCCGAAGGGUUUGCCUGGAUGUCCUGGUGAAGAUGGCUGUCCUGGCAACAUUGGGAAUACUGGCCCUUUAGGGGCUCCUGGACCGAAAGGCUUUAGGGGUCUCAGUGGACAUCCAGGUUGCCCUGGGGUAAAUGGAACUAAGGGCCAGAAAGGAUGCACUGGGCCUUCAGGACCACCGGGAGACAUAAUUUCAGUGCCAAUAAAAGGCCAGCUAGGGACACCUGGACCUAAUGGGGAGAAUGGGGUCGUUGGAGAAAGGGGUAAUAAGGGUAACCCAGGGCCACCUGGGCAACCAGGGUAUCCUGGGCUUAAUGGACCUCAAGGGUUUGAAUGUGGCCAGCGUGGACCACCAGGUAUUCCUGGGCUGUGCGGCGAGCCUGGUUCACAUGGGCAACGUGGGCCAAAGGGAAUUGUAGGAUUCCCAGGGGAUAAUGGUGAUCCAGGUGAUCCUGGAUUGACUGGUCUGUCAGGAACCCCUGGCUUCCCUGGAUUUGAUGGUCCUAAAGGUGACAAAGGUGACUCUAUUUGUGGGCCAGGACCAAAAGGAAAGAGAGGGCCAACUGGAGAUAGAGGCUUGUCAGCUUCCUCAGGUGGCAGAGGAGACUGCGGUGACCCUGGUCCACAAGGGCCUAGUGGAAGCUGUGGUCCACCUGGACCACCUGGGAACAAUGGACUGACUGGACUUCCAGGUGUGGUUGGACCCCCUGGUCCGUAUGGUAGACAUGGUCCAGAAGGUCUUCCGGGUCCUCCAGGUAAACCGGGCCCUAAAGGAAACCAAGGAUGUGGUGGCCUUAGAGGACCUCCAGGCCCCCCCGGGCUCCAUGGACUUGAUGGUCUGAAGGGGGACAAGGGUGAAAUGGGAUAUCGAGGAGAGGAUUUAAGUGGUGUUAAGGGCUGUAUAGGACCAACCGGAGACAAGGGGACACCUGGAGACCCAGGUUUGCAAGGUUCAUCACAAACAGGUGUUCGAGGUCCAAAAGGACAGUGUGGAGGCCAAGGAGCCCCUGGUCCAAUGGGUCCUGCAGGCUUUCGAGGUGAUGAAUGUAAGACUCCUAAACCUGGACCUUGUGGAGAACGGGGUUACACUGGGCCAGAUGGACCUCCAGGGCCCAAGGGAGAGGAAGGAGAGGCAGGCAGCGUGUUCACAGUGAGUGGUGAUUUUGGUGACUCGGGUAGUUCUGGGUCACCAGGGUAUAAAGGAGAAAAAGGAACCCCUGGGCCCAAUGGCUGCCCAGGAUCUAUUGGCCUAGAAGGUCCAAAGGGUGAAGAAGGACAGUGUGGACUUAUGGGCCUUCCCGGACUUUCUGGCCCCAAAGGUGAUUGUGGACCCUCAGGACCUAGUGGUGCAAAAGGAGACAAAGGGGACCCAGGGCCAAAAGGAGAGCCUGGGACUAUCAAACAACCUGGUUCUCCUUGUCCCCUUAAUUUGGGUCCUACUGGUAUUCGUGGUUCACAUGGUCUAGAUGGUGACGGUGGUGAUUAUGGACCUAAUGGCACUGGGGGUCUGAAAGGUAUAACGGGACAAAAAGGAGAUAGUGGAUUCCCUGGGCAUCCUGGGACAGAAGGACUAGUCGGACCACUUGGAAACCUUGGAGAGAACGGUGACAAAGGAGAAAGGGGUUCUCCGGGACCCCCAGGACCAGAUGGUGAUCAGGGUCCUCCGGGACCGGUUUCCUCCGGCUUCCUUUUGGUGAAGCACAGCCAGUCUACGGAUGUGCCUACUUGUCCCCAGGGCUUAACAGAGUUAUGGAAUGGCUACAGCCUACUAUAUCUGGAGGGUCAAGAGAGAGCACACACACAAGACCUGGGUCAGGCAGGUUCAUGUUUGCGUAUGUUCAGCACCAUGCCGUUCUCCUGCUGUAACAUGGACUCCUGCGAUUAUGCCAGUCGCAAUGACAAAUCCUAUUGGCUGUCUACAACUGCCUCACUUCCCACCAAUUCCAUUCUGAGGGGAAUGGAAAUUCAACAGCACAUCAGCAGAUGCGUGGUGUGUGAGGCGUCAUCGCCAGCCAUUACAUUACACAGUCAAGACGGGACUGGACCGGGGUGUCCAUCCAAUUGGAGAAGACUCUGGACUGGAUAUUCAUUUCUUAUGCACACAGGAUCGGGGGACGAGGGAGGAGGACAGUCUCUGACAUCGACAGGAAGCUGUUUGCAGGACUUCCGCAGUCAGCCGUUCGUGGAGUGCCAAGGUUCGCAUGGCACGUGCCAGUAUUCCCCCACCUUCUUCAGUUUCUGGCUGACUAGAGCGAACGUGCAGAACUUUGACCCGGUUCCCGGCAGUACUGUGCUCAACAAAAACGGACGGAGCCAGCGCGACAGCGUCAGCUCAUGCAGCGUCUGCAUGAAGAACAACUGACACGCGUCACUGGUGUUUUCUUAAAGAAAAACUGCACUGAGAAUGCACAUCGGUAGGUCACCGCAGAGGAAGCGAUCGAGAUGCUUUUGGUCACUUUUUUCAGAGAAGAUAAAAAGGACUUAAUUUGUGACCAUUUUUGUUGAACUGCAGGCUGUGAACUUUUUACUCCGCUGGAUUCAUUCCCACAUAGUUCAGUCUAACAUGACUUCCUUUCUGUCUUUCUCGUUUGUUACAUUUUGGUGCUAGCAAAAAAACCAAGACCAUUUGCACAAAUACCUUUAUACCAAUGUUCAUUUUUCCACCUUAUCAUCGGCAAGUAUUAUGUUUGCGCGCAUCUAAACAUUAUCAACGCAAUAUUGUAUUGACAUUUUUAACCAAAACGUAUCAUGACUACUGAACCUUGAGAACAAAACUCGCGUGGCGUAGAAAUGUCUGAUAGCAGCAAAUAGCUAAAGUUAGGGACGGUUUUGUUCCCUAUACGAAUACGUUUUUCCAAACUUUAAUUUUAUCUCAAGCGUUGCGCGGAAUUAAGAUAAAGUUACAUUUAUCAUUAUUUUGGUGAAUUGUUUUGUGGGCGUUUAAAUAGAAAUCCAAGCAGUUUCCCUUAAAGGUGAAAUAUGAUCAUAACUGUGUAUGGAAACGAUUACAAGUGAUGCGUAUUGUACCCACAGUAAACACAAACCAUGGUUUUGCUACAAUAACCAUAGUAUUUGUUGUUAAACUGUGGUUAUACAAAUGGAAAAAAAACCUGGGGGGGCAUGGUGCUGCAAUUGUACUAUAAUAAAACCACAGUUAAUUAUGUAAGGGUAAUGUUAGCCUUGCUAAUGCUAUGCUCCGCCCGUUGAACCACAACAACUAGCUCGCUAGCUGCUUCAGUCAACAAGCUAACGGAACUACAAUUUAAUUUAUGUGAAGAUUCUACAACUUGAACCCACAGACAUUUUAGUCCUGAGGAAACGUGUCUCUGUCUGGCAAAGACUAGCAUUAGCAGAUGAACAUGGCUGUAAAUGUGAAACAUAGGAGGAUAUAAGACUUCAGUCAGUCAGUAGAUAGAUGUUAAAACAACCCCUUAUUUCAUUGUUUUCUACACAGCUCCUAAUACAGGAGUCAACAUUUGAAGUGGAUCAAAACCUUUUAUCAGAGUUGUCCUAAAAUGAAGACAAUACCCAUUAUUGUCUUAAGACAACUUUUGAGGAACUUUCUUGAUCCACUUCAGAUGCUGACUACUGUAGACCCUUCUGGCCACAAGAUACAAUUUUAAAGUACUGUUUAAUAUAUAAAAAAAAACAUAGUCAUUUCUGUGUCUUCUGGUGUUUGUGAAAGGACUGUUGCCAUUGAACUUACCAUUUAUGAUUUUUGGACACUUGAAAGUCUUUCCUGCUUAGUUUUUUUUAUAUAUAUAUAUCUAGAUAUAUAUUUUCCCACUAACACAAACCAUUAAAUAAAACUAACACCUUCAGUAUUUUACAGUCCACAUAAGGGGUCCUAAGCAUUUUUUUUGUUUUAAACAUGGUAUAUUAUUCUGUAUGUACAUAUGAUUGCACUGUUGCCAAAACAGCUUUGCUUUAUAUUUUUACUAAAUGUCAAGAGUAUUUAUUUAGCUAGAGGUAUUUUGGUGCUAUUUUGGAUGGAAAUGAAAAACUUAACAGUGAAUGAAAAACGUGUUCCCUUUUAAAAGAAGUGAUUCUUAUUUUUGUCAGAUUUUUGUGGUUAGAACUGCGAUUCAAUAUGUUUGUUUGGGGACAUUUUGACGUCUUGAAUACUGUACUGUUACACUGAGCAUGGACUACAAGGACAACACGAAUUGUUAAAUCUUUAACCCAAGUUGUUUGAUCUUGUUCAGUGUCACGUGCGUUUUUACAAUUAACAAUCAGGUUCAACUCUUACUGUCUAUUAAAUGUCUAAUAAAUUGUGAUAUUUGUAUAACAUGCAAUAAUACCUAAAAGUGUGUUUUUUUUUAUAUAUAUAUAUAUAUAUAUAUAUAUAUAUAUAUAUAUAUAUAUAUAUAUAUA